AUGACCUUCUCGAUCUUCCAAACAACCGUACAGAUCCUCACUCAGGAUAUUUUUCCAAUCGUUUCCAGUCCAAUCUUGUGGACAUUGCUGUCCCUUUUUGUCAUUGCGCUCCUACUGCGCGCCUGCUUUCCUUGCGUGACCCUCAGCGGUCUCGAGCGCCGCAUAGAAACGGUUCAAAGAAUGUUAAAAGAAUACAAGGAUAUGGGACCAGUUCUCAACACAAACGAUAUCAUGUCCGGAUAUAUCAAUUAUGAGCAAUGUCAGAGUCGACGCGUUGCCUUCGAGCUCGAAAAACGCUUGCGCCGUAUAACUCAGGACGCUCACAAGAUUUUUUCGGAAGACCAUAACACAUCCCGGAUAUCAUAUCUAUCUUUGCGCCGUGUCAUUAUCAUUUCUUCGCUGAGCAAAAAAUUAUGCACUUUGGAGAAGGACAUCAAGUAUGCUCAAACUAUGGGCUUGAAGUAUCGCAACAACCAGGUUCUGGAGCUGAUGUCUCGUAUUUCUCCCGACACCACUUCGGAAUCGGAAGAAGUUUAG